AUGGAACACUCAACACCGGCUCAAAACUCCGAAGAGAGUCAUGCAUCAUCAUGGCAUCUCAUAUCUAGAGUCGUCGUGGACCUAGACGACACAUAUAUCCCCUCAGCAAACCCGGAGCAUGAGUCUCCUGCGAAAAGGCUCAUCAUCGUUGGCGACGUUCACGGUCACCUCUCAGAGCUCAAGAAGUUACUCGAAAAAGUCCAAUUUGACAGAGGCAAUGGCGAUCAUCUCAUCUUUGUCGGCGACUUGGUCAACAAGGGUCCCGACAGUGCAGGGGUUGUCCAACUGGCCAUGGAUCUAGGCGCCAGUGCCGUGAGGGGGAACAACGAAGACAGGGUUCUCGCGGCUCAUGCGGCUUUGAAGAGGGACCCGACUUUGAAGAUUGAGACUGCGAAGCCCGUCGAAGAGGCUACGUCUGGUGAGAAGACUGCUUCACCUGCGAAGGAGGAAAUUUCUACCCAGCCUUACGAUCCCCAAAGCCUAAAGAGGUACAGCGCCGACAAGGACUUUGCAACAGUUGCUUUGUUGACCGAGGAGCAAAUCUCUUGGCUGUCCUCUUUGCCGCUGAUCCUACGCAUCCCCUUGAAAGGCGGCGGCACUCCACCUUGGGAUGCAGGAACACUGGUCAUCGCGCAUGCCGGCCUGGUGCCUCAUUUACCAUUGGAGGGACAAGAUUACUGGGCGGUCAUGAAUAUGCGUGGCCUUGUGUACCCUGAUCCAGGCACUGAUGUGGAAGAGAUCCGAGCUGAUGUGGUCAAAGGAGUUCGAUCUCGCAUCCGCAGGCAGAUUGCUCUUCAUGAGACCACAGAUGAGGCUAUCAGGGCUGAGUGGAAGAAGUUAGAUGAAUCACUCAACGAGGGACGCGGGUACAGCGGUUGUUAUCGAGAUGAGCUUGUUGGAUGGCCCCUCGAGAGUCGUGAGGGCGAUUGGUGGUGCGUCGCUUGGAGUCGAGCUCAAAACUCGAUCCAAGCUCCCCAGGAAAGGAGCAUCGUUGUGUACGGCCAUGACGCCAAGGUUGGGCUUCAGGUUGAGCCCGAGAUGGAUAUUCAGAUCAAGACGGCCGAAGGAGGCGAAACGGUCAAGGGGCAACGGUAUGCGUUUGGACUCGACUCGGGGUGUGUGUACGGGAACCAGCUUUCGGCCAUGGUUGUUGAGAGGAGUUCUAACGGAGGAUUGUCGCAUUCGAUAGUUCAGGUAGAUUGCAUAAAGGAGGACAAAGAGGAAUAG